UGUUCUCCUGCUUUACCCACAGGUGUUGUAUCUCAUGAUGUCUUGGCCUGAACCCGUGACCCGUUGGAUCCCACAACCUCUUCCUGCCGCUGCAUAUGUCUCAGAGUCUGUCAACUGGGAUUCUCUCCCUCAAGAAUUCACCAACCUGACCAGCCUUCUAUACUGGCCUCCAACUGGUGGGCACAACAGUGACUUUUUAGCCUCAACCAGCCCCAAAACCUCCACCUACCACCUGGUGGGUCCUGCCCAGGCCACCUAUAUUCUGGGAAGUAACCUAGAGGCCAUCCUUGUGGCUAGGGAUCACUGGGGUAGGCCCAAGGCUCAUGGUGGGGAUCUGUUUCGGGCACAGCUGCUGGGCCCGGAAGUGAAGGCAGGAGUCCCAGGGGAGGUGAAGGACCUGGAGAAUGGCACCUACCUCUUGUCCUUCCCCCUGCUCUGGGCUGGCAGGGCCCAGGUGCAAGUGCGGCUGAUCCACUCCAGCGAGGCAGUUGGGGUCCUGCAGAGAGUCUGGAGAGAAACACGGGCCACCGUGGAUUUUAGAGGGUAUUUCCAAGGAACGAAUGGCAUUCAAGAGGUUGUCACCUGCAACGUGGACCCCCAGUCGACUGGAGCCAGAGGGCCGACCUGCCAGUACAAGGAUGUGGUUUCUGGGGAGAUCUGGUUCUGUGCUCAGCCCCCAACUUUGCCCUGCAGUGCUUUAGUGGGUCACUCGAGUGGACGUUACCUGAAGGUGACCACACCACAUGAUGAACUCCUGCUGGCUGGCCUUGCCCUCGAGGCCGCCAUGCCGCCCUGGCCACCUGUCUCUAAAACCCUCUGGCUUCUACCACCAAGCCGAUGGCACUCGACGUUCUGUUCCAGCCGCUCCUUCCCCACUGCGGACAGCAUCCUGAGCUGCCUGGCUGGCCGCAUCGUCUACAUGAUGGGGGACUCCACCCUCCGGCAGUGGUGGGAGUAUCUGCGGGACACGGUGCCCUGUGAGCGAGCACGAGGGGAGCAUGCGUGCAGUCAGGGUGCAGAAGGCAGACGCAACGGUGCUGAGGCCCCGGCUUAGCGGACAGGCGGGGCAGGAUGCUGGUCUUCCUGAAGGCACCUGAGUGGAGGCGUGAGCUGGUUUGCUCUGUUUUAUGAGGCAGGGUCUCACUACGAACGUAGCCCUGGUUGGCCUGGAACUCCCUUUGUGAUCAAGAUGUCCUCAGAGUCACAGAAUCCACCUGCCUGUGCACACUGAACGGUAGAUUUAAAGGCAUACUCCACCAAGCCCAGCCUGGUUGAGUUUUAACAACUCUGUGUCUGUGUGUGUGUGAGUACAUGUCAUGGCACAGGUCCUGUGGAGGUCGCAGGACAGCUCUCAGA